UCACUACUCUUGCAGUUCUUCACCUUCAUUUCAUAGAACUGCAAUUCAUUCAAUAAUUUCCGAAAGGAAAAGAAAACAAAAAACCCCAAAACCAAAAACAAAAUAAAAUAAUGGCCCGCCAAUUCGUUGCUUUUGCCCUCGUGCUCUUCGCCGUCGUCGGCUUCGCCUGCGCGGCUUCCCCGGCCGAACCCCCGAAGGCCGCGGCCAACAGCACCGCCGCCGACGCCGGAGCAGCUGCGGCCCCCGGCGCCGACAACGAGAUCGGAAACACUGACGGAGCCGCCGCUGCUCCGGGAGCAGGCGAAGACAUCGUCGAAGGCCCAGUGGGUGGACCCGGCGCCGCCGCCGGAGGUGAUCUUGUGCCGGCAGAAUCGCCCAAGAGCGGUGCCGAGGCUGUGAAGAUUUCCGCCGUCGCCGGAGUCGCAGCAAUCGCCGGCUUUUUCUGCUUCUAAGUAUUAUUAAUUCUGCCACAGAUUCUGAUUCUUGUAUGUUUAUUGUUUGUGAUGAAAUAAUAAAGUGAGGGUUCCAUAAAUUCAA